AUUGCACGCUCGUUUACACACACGAAGAUGUCGUCGACGUCGUUGCGGUCAGGGUUUAAAAGGCCCCCUUUGAGGGAAUCCCAUGUAAAUAAUUCAGUGAAAGUUGAUGAAGCUGAUGCAACCAAGAACAUGCCUGAAGAUGAUGCUGAUCGAAACAAAACCACAAGAUCGUUCAUCAUACUAGCGUUGAUAUUCCUAUCAGCGUUGUGUGUCAUGGUCUUCGUGUAUUUCAGCUUUCCACAUUUAGAACCGGAUGAAGUGCAAUAUCUGAAGCUACCCAGAGAUAUAGAAGACGCCAAAGCCCUGGGAAGGGUCCUGUCUCGGUACAGCAAGACCAACUACAUUACUGUCAUGGUGGCAUUCUUCAUGACCUAUAUAUUCUUACAGACAUUUGCAAUUCCUGGGUCUAUAUUCCUCAGUAUUCUGUCAGGCUUUUUGUUUCCUUUUCCUCUAGCAUUGCUAUUGGUUUGUCUGUGUUCUGCCAUUGGUGCGUCCAACUGUUAUUUAUUGUCCUACCUCGUGGGUGUGCGGCUGGUCAUGAAGUACAUUCCAGAUAGAGUAGAAAGCUGGUCAGCUACGGUUGCCAAACAGAGACAGCACUUACUCAACUACAUCAUUUUUCUACGCAUCACCCCGUUUCUACCCAACUGGUUUAUUAACAUCACAUCGCCUGUUCUGAAAGUACCCAUCACCCCAUUUUUUAUUGGAACAUUCCUAGGAGUGGCACCACCGUCUUUUGUAGCAAUCCAAGCGGGAACCACCCUCUACCAGCUCAGUCACUAUGGCGACGCUGUGUCUUGGACAUCUGUUAUUGUCUUGGCCGUUCUGGCUGUCGUGUCCAUCCUACCGGUCAUAUUGAAGAAUCGCUUGGGAAAGAAAUUUGAAUAAAUACGAGAAGGAGAGGUUGAUAGUAUACAAAAAAAUGAAUGUUUAUGAGUGCAAUGGUAAGAAUAAUUUCAUGAGGUGGUAGAUGGAGUGUUCCAUUCCAUGAGUCGAAGCCGAGUGGAAUGGAACAUUCUAUCUGUCACCGAAUGAAAUUAUUCUUUCCAUUGCAUGAAUGUGAAAUAAUCAUGUAUUUGUUUUAUACAACACCUGAAUAAAUCCUUGUCAUCUGAUUGGUCAGAACCACAAAUACGUAGUGAUGUCAUCAUGUGGGGUCGUCUCCUAUCGUGAUGGUUCCAAAUAUUGUCUUGUCCGCCAUAUUUACCAUACGAUUUGUACAGGCAAUGCAGGUGAUUUUCUAGUUGAAACUAGCUUAGGCCAAAAAAAAAAAGUCUCCAGUUUCUGGUAUGGAGCUUGCCCCAAAAGUGGUGCGGC